AUGAAAUUUGGAAAGUAUUUAGAGAAUAAUCAAGUACCUGAAUGGAAGGACAAAUAUGUAUCCUACAAACAACUUCGUAAAAAUAUAAAGAGAUUUAAAUCUGAAAUUGAAUCUAUCAUUAAAUCAAAUAAUAACGAUAGUAGUAGUAAUCAUAAAUUGGAAAAUGAACAAGAUAAUAAUAAUAAUAAUAAUAUUUCUGGUCAAUUAAAAAGAACUUAUUCAAGUAUAAUAUUAAACAAGAGUAAUCUUUUUAAUCCAUUACCAAGUACAACACCAUCAUCACCAAUACCUCGUCAACAACAACAACAACAAUUACCAAAUCCAGUAGAUUUACAAUUAUUAUUAAUUAAUCAAAAACAAAUGCAAUCACAUAAUGAUUCAUCGCUGUAUAAUCAAUAUCAAUCGAAUCAAUUUACAAAAACCACUCUAACAAGAUUACAAGAGAUUCAAGAAGAAUUUAUUCAACUUUGUAUUGGUGAAGCUGAAAAAAAUAGUAAGAGUGAAAAGGAAGAAUUAAUGAAUCAAAUGGAAGAAACUGAAGAAACUUUAGAAUCUCAAACCAUUUCAAUUCAAAUGGAUCAAUUGGGUGUUGAAGAUGAUGAAACUGAAUUGGAAGAUGGUGCAAAUAAUAAUAAUAAUAAUAAUAUAGAUAGUAGUAAAAUCAUUUUAGAAUAUUAUAAAUUUUUAAAUCUUCUCAAAAAUUAUAAAAUUUUCAAUUAUACAGGAUUUAUAAAAAUAUUAAAAAAAGCAGAAAAGAAUUUAGAAUUAAAUUUAAAUGAUCGUAUAUUGACUAGAUUAAAUCAAUAUGAAUUUAAAUCUUCAAAAUUGAUUGAUAAAUUUUCAAAUCUCCUAGAGAAAAUCUAUUCACAAUUAUUUACAAAUAAUAAAAUUAGAGAUGCAAGAAAACAAAUGAGAAAUAGACAUCCAAAUUCAAAUGCAAAUGUAACUACCAAUAUAGUGGUGAAUAGACCAACGAUUGGAACAUCAAAUAGAUCAUCAUUUUUCUCUGGUAUAUGUGUUGGUUGGACAAGUGCCAUUUUAAUACUCAUCUAUUAUAUAUUGUAUACUGGAGAAUAUGAAGAUUUUGUUAGAUUUUCAACCGUUUACAAUCUCUAUAGUACACUUGGUCUAUUGAUACUUUGGUGCUUUAUGUUUGGUGUGGAUCUUUACAUUUGGACAAAAUCUCACGUUCACUAUAGUUUUAUUUUCGAAGUUAGUAAAACAAAAUUAAAUUUUGCCAAAGUAUUUCAAUCGGUAACUGUCAUGGCUGUAUUAUGGAUUACUAGUAUUGGUUUUUAUAUGUGGUUAAGUCUAAGUCAAGAUGGUGAUGUAUUUUUCCCUUUUCCAUUCUUUCCUCCUGCAGAAUACCUACCUCUUGCUCUAUUGGGAAUUUAUCUUAUAAUGUUAUUAUUCCCUGGUAAUUUCUUUCAAUUAAAUUUAAGAAAAUGGUUUUUAAAAACUUGUCUUACAGUCAUUAUUGCUCCUUUAAAACCUGUCAAAUUUUCACAUUUUUUUAUGGGUGAUCAAUUAUCAUCAUUGGUUUUAGUAUUGGUACAAUUUUCACAAUUUAUAUGUUUUUAUACAACAGAUGUUUAUCAUUCACCGACUGAUGCUAUUUGUUCAAAGAGGGCAAGAUAUAUAAAUCCAUUUAUAUCGGCGGCACCAGCAACUUGGCGUUUUUUACAAUGUCUAAGACGUUAUAGAGAUAGUAAUGGAGAUUUUGUACAUUUAAGAAAUGCUUUAAAAUAUUUCAUUUCAAUCAUUGUAGUUUUCAAUUCAACGAUGGAUUCAUUUUAUUCAACUUCAUGGACAAGUCCAUGGAGAAUUAUUUGGUUGGUUAGUGCAGUUUGUAAUAGUUGCUAUAGUUAUUGGUGGGAUUUGUUUAUGGAUUGGUCCAUUAUUCAAAUUCGAAAUGGUUCGGUACAAUUACGUAAAAAGAGAAUGUAUAGUCCAGAUUUUGUCUAUUAUAUUGCAGUCGUUAGCAACUUUGGUUUUAGAAUGACUUGGACCAUGACAAAGUCUCUUCCACAACUUGCCACUUUUCUACCUAGCUACAAAUUGGUCGUUGUCAUUGGUAUUAGCUACUCGUGA